AUGUUUCUGUGCUUUUCAGUUUUUUUUCUACUACCUUUUCAAUGUUGGUGCAAAAAUGCACCAGCUAUGCCUGUUGGCUGUUGUGCUGCUAGUGACCUACCUAGAAAAUAUUAUUCCUUCCUACAAUUCCAUGUAUGCUCUGGAUAUUGUCGAAAACACAUAUUCGUCUUUCCUUUUUCAUUCAGCCGAGGGGCAGGCCUGGCGCAGUGGUGA